AUGCUGCUUCACUAUCGCCAUUUAUUAGAUUCUGCAACCUGUCCAUGGUGUGACAGGGAGAUGGAGCCUACUUCCCAUGCUAUUUUUUACAGCCAGAGAGUAUCAGAGCUAUGGGAUGAUUGUGGGUGCGCUGGUGCUAAGCUUCAGCCUAGGGAGAACUGGUGCGAGUUAUUGGUCAGGUGGAAAGAGCUUGGGCUAAGAAUUAAACAACGGGCUGCCUACCUAGCUUGGAUUGUGUGGGCAGAGAGAAAUUACAAGGUAUACUCAGGCACCUCUACACCGAAUGAUAUAGUGGCUACUCGAGCUCGCAAAUUGGCUGACGAGUAUGGAACUUACAGCGAGCAGGUGUACUCCGUGACUCAGAGAAGACCCAAGCGUAGCAGCAGCAGAUGGAAUGCGCCUCCCCCAGGGCGUGUGAAAUUGAACUCUGAUGCUUCUCUUUACAAUGAAGGGUGGAUAGGCAUGGGAGUGGUGGCUCGGGAUAAAGAGAGGAAAGUUCUCUUUGCAGCAACAUGGAGAGUCAAGGUGUGGUGGCCCCCUGAAAUUGCAAAAGGAAAGGCACUGUUGAUGGCGAUGAGGUUGGCCCGUCGCUUUGGCUAUGAAGAUGUCAUAUUGGAGUCUGAUUGCCAAACACUCAUCACAAGGCUUUCGAAAGGAGUAGUAUACUUGUCUGAUCUAGACGGAGUCUUGGAGGAUAUUUUGUCUAUUAGUUGUGAAUUUAAGUCCUUUAUUUGGUCUCAUGUUAAAAGGGAUGGAAAUUAUGUAGCCCAUCACCUUGCUAAGUUAAUGUCGUUUGGCGUAGAACAGGUUUGGGUUAAUCAUUGCCCCGAUGUGAUUAAUCCUUAUGUAUUCUCAGACAAUUUGUCCCUUAAUUAA